AUGGGAGCCAUUUCAUUUCUACAUACUUUAUGCCUUAUGUGGGUCCUUUUUGAUCCAAUUAUGCUACAAUGCAUUUCUGAUAAUGACACUACUGGACCUCAAAAGGAUAUUGAUAUCACUGUUCGCGCAUAUUUAAACGGUUCGUUAAAUUUCGGACUUCAGAUGUUUCGCGUUCUUCAAGCGGAACAUAAUGACCAAACGUCCAGCGGAUUAUUCUUUAGUCCUUUCAGCGUUUGGUCAGCUCUGGCCGUUACUUUUAUCGGUACCAAAGGACAUACAGAGCAUGAAUUAAGCUGUAUUCUAGGAAUUCGACACGUGGACAAGGCCUUCAGCGCCGUUGCCUACAAAUCUAUCCAGUUUUGGUACAAAGAACGUAGUGAAAAAAGCGACAUCUUCCGGUUAGCCAAUCAGCUCUAUUUUCAGUAUGAUAUUCCACUUCGUGAGUGUUUAGUAGAUUACUUUGAAAACGAUGUCAGCCGGUUAGAUUUUCGUCGCUACCCUGAACAAGCACGGCUGACCAUUAACGAAUGGGUCAAAGAACAGACUAAUUGCAAAAUCGAAAAUUUCCUUCCAUAUUUUAGUAUUAAUUCGAUGACUAAUUUUGUUAUAGCUAACGCUGUUUAUUUUAAAGGUGCUUGGAGGCAACAAUUUGAAAUCCAAAAGACACGCCCAGGUAUUUUCACAACUGCGGUUGGCAUGGAUAUAGCGAGUUGGAUGAUGAACAUGCGCGGAACAUUUCUCUACGGAGUCAACGAAGUCUUGGAAUGUCAGGUUCUAGAACUACCAUUCUCCGGAGAUGAUUUUAGUAUGGUGAUUUUACUCCCAAAGAAUCGUUAUUUUGGCGUCGACAGUCUGUCGCGUCUCAUCACUCCUGAUCAAGUUUCUAACAUAUUUUUCUCUGUCUACCCAACUGAUGUAUGGGUUUCUCUUCCGAAGUUCCGAUCUGAAAGUAACUUUGAUCUUACAUUCGUCUUACAAAAGAUGGGCCUGAGAGACAUAUUUAGUCCCCGAUAUGCCAAUUUGUCUGGCUUCACCGAAAAGCAAGAAGUGAUUACAGUCGACGCUGUUCAUCACAAAGCUUUCAUAGAAGUGAACGAGGAAGGUGCAGAGGCAGCAGCGGCUACGGGGAUACUAGCAGCUCGCUCGGCAAGACCGAGAAGACCAGUAGUGUUCAUAGCUGAUCAUCCAUUUUUCUAUUAUAUCCGUGACAAUUUAUCCAACAUUAUUCUCUUUAUGGGCACUGUGGUACAUCCAAUGUAUGACUGAUGACUAAGUGAAUACAGACUCGAUGCCUCAAGUUGAAAAUCCAGAAAGUGCAAUGACACGAGGUAAAAAGACUAUAAGAGUAAUGGGCCAGCAGAUUCGGAGCAGAAAGCGUGAAAUUUCCCUAUUUUCUAUAUGGUGUAACUGCUAAGCAUAAGGAAACCAUUUAAAAAGCACUACCAAAACUGUAGAUGUAAGUGUGGGAAAGGAUAUGAACCUGACAGUUCAAGAAAAUUACCCUCAAAAGUUUUAUGGUAAAUAAUCAAGCAACAUCUCUGUAUGUUUAUAUAUUUGUCAGGUUUUUACGUAUA